CCCUACAACUCGGGUAAAAGGCACGCGCACAUGAGAGCUAUGUUGUGGGCGUUGCGUAUAGGUCUCGCUAGCCCAAGCUAGAAGCUGCGCGGGUACAAUGAUGGAUUUUGACGAGAGGGUUUCCGUUGGGUCCAACAUGUAUCUGCCCAGCUGCACGUAUUACGUUCCGGGGGCUGAUUUCUCCACGUUGCCCUCUUUCCUUUCCCAAAGUCCGUCUUCUCGUCCAGUUACCUACUCUUACUCCUCUAACCUGCCUCAGGUACAGCACGUCAGGGAGGUUACAUUCCGAGACUAUGCUAUUGACGCGUCCAGUAAAUGGCCUCACAGGGGUCCUCUGGCUCAGUGUUAUCCGUCGGAGGACAUAGUACACAGGGAGUGUUUACCAGCAACAACGACAGUCGGUGAAAUGUUCCCCAAGAAUAAUGCAUCUGCGUAUUUUCACGCAUCGAACUCGACCUCCGCGUCCAAUUUCUACGGCAAUGUUGGAAGAAACGGGGUGCUUCCUCAAGCAUUUGACCAGUUUUUUGACACCGCCUACGGAGGUUCGGAUAGUGUAGCGAACAGCGACUAUGCAGCGAGGGAUAAAAUGCACUCCAGCAAACUGCCAGCGCCAGCGCCCGCUCCGGAUUCCGAAUCCGAAAGAAAGGAGCGACAGGAGACCAGUAGCCCCGAGUCUUCUUCCGGAAACAACGAGGAAAAGACUAGUGGUGCAAGCAGUGGACCCAGGGUUCGCAAGAAGAGAUGUCCCUAUACAAAAUUUCAAAUCCGCGAGCUCGAGAGGGAAUUUUUCUUCAGCGUGUACAUCAACAAAGAGAAACGACUUCAGCUCUCAAGGAUGCUUAACCUCACCGAUCGCCAAGUGAAAAUUUGGUUCCAGAACCGGAGGAUGAAGGAAAAGAAACUAAAUCGGGACCGGUUACAGUACUACAGUACCAACCCACUGCUUUAGGGCAAGGAAAUAACAACAGAUACAAUGCUACAGCAGCAGUAAUGAGAUCACAUAGGAGAGCUUAAACAGACUCUCAGCGGUUAACUUCAAGUUCGUGACAAGGCACCAUUCACGUGUAUACAUUUAUUGAGAGCAUAUAGGACAUUGAAAUUCACAUUUUAAAUAAGGGUUGUUUGUGCUCGUAAUAGAUUAAUGUACACAAUUUUUGUCGAACAGAAAUUAUUUAAUUAAGAGCUCGUGAUACACACUGAAUGUGGACUAUUCCGCUUGCAGAUGUUAUGGACUAUAUGCGAGGAUGAAAUAUUUGGGUCUAAACAAGAAAAUGCUUUUGACAAGCCAUUCGUAUGGCAUGUUCAUUUUUGUGGAGGAAUGUUGUAGUCUACAGGUUGGCCUAAUGACUUUGGUGUGACCAAAUAUAUAUAUAUAAAAAAACUGCUAUAAUGUUAGCGUGACUGAUCCCAGUUUCCAAAUUAUUUAUACGAUUUGCCACCAAAUAUAAUUGUCAUCCGUCGUUGUUAGUGAACGUCUUUAAGCAAUAAUAAGUUCUUCUACGGCCGUCUCUCGGGAAUGUAAACGACUCAUUACACACAAAUUGUGUACGGACUAAAAUUUGAUCAUCCAAAGUUUUCACUUGCUGCAAACUCUGUGAACAACAGAAAUAAAACGGACAGUGAGGUUGAACCAAAGGAGAACAUGCAAUCUAGGUGAAUCUCAUAAACAUUUUCGGACUCGAAAUUGGUCAUCUUUAUGAAGUGGACUCUUUCAGGCUUAAGAAAUAACGUUUUAACAAUAACCUUAUUCGCCCAUGUUCUAUUCUGCACCGCUGGUUUGGCUGAUUGUAAUCCAGAAAAUCAUCUUUAUGACAUUUACUUUUACAUGUAGUAAAUUAAAUAAUUAAAGGGGCACAAUAUUUGUAGUAGCCUGCACCGUUUUCUUUUCAAAUAUAUAAUUGUGUACAUAUGUUUUAUGCAUGAGUAGGCUAUACACUUGCACAUUAUGUGCAUUUAUAUAUAUAUAAAAAAGCAAUGUUUUAUUUUUCUUCUUUUUCUUAAGAUCUCCCUUGGACCAUAAUAAGAAACAAUUGUUACCUUACAGUGUUACCGUCACAGUGGUUACAGUAGGCUACUAUUUGCAGUUAUCAUCUGAAUGUUUAUGGCUGUACUCGUAUUGUUCAUAUAUGACAGCGUAAGAGCAAUAAACUAAGACAGUGGCAGAGAGAAAGAAAGUAGGAGAGAGGGGGAAAGAAAGACUGAGCUUUAUGGUUGCUUGCUGCAGAGCGACAUGGCCUGGCUGGCGCAUCCUUUGAGGCGGUGAGGAAUAUCCGCCUAAUUACGGGGACAUCCUCCUUGUUGCUUCAGCAACACGACCAUAAAAGCUGUCUGUGUCUGGAGCAUUUGGGCAAUUGCAGUGUGGUGUCAUAAACCGUCUGAGAACCAAGGUUAUUAGACACAGUUCCAAGGGGACAGAGGCAAAGAGAUUUUGACGGGCUGCUUUCAGAAAUGCUCCUGUACUUUCUGCCUCUUGGAUUAAUUUCACACUAAAGGUUUUCUGCCGUGCGUAGUGCUGUUUUCUCAGUUUUAUGUUUUGUUUAUUACUUAUUGAUUUUUUAUUUUAUUUAAUUCUUUCUCUAUUUACAUAUUGACUAAAACCAGAACUGUCCCACGAAUAGGUUCAAAUGGCCUCCAUUGGGAGGCACUCGUGAGAUCAAUGUCAUGGCCGUGGAUCAUUGAUUGAACAGGAGAUAUUUGCAGACACAAAUGUUUGAAUGUCAUAUUGUUGUUUGAUGUUUUGAGGCAACAUCAAACAUCAAAAG